CGUAGGCCAGAAUGCGCUCCCUUUACUCGCUACCUCUGAUCUAAUUUCAAAGGUGAGAGGCGCUUUUUUGCAGGGGAUGCUGCUGGUGUGAAUGGGCUGAUCCAGUGAUCGCAGGUAUUGUGGCUGGAGGAGGGAGCGCAGAGAGCAGAGAAGUCACCAACUACCCGGGACUAUUUUCUUGAGUUAAACCUUUGUUUAAACUGACUUGCUGUGAAGCAGCAUUGUUGGAAGUAUGUGCAUGGAGUGAGAGCUGCUGACUUUUUUUCUCGUGAUUUCAUCCAUCAGCAGCAUCGCGCGCGUCGGUGCGCCUCACUGACCCACAGUCGCCUCAUCUCUGUUGGAUCAUGUGGAUUAUUUUGGCGUUUAUUCUGGCAGCGGGGGGUGCUGAUGGGAGCUGGGGAUGUCACCUGCCCCACGACUGGAGGCCGCAGACAGAAGCGUGCCGUGCCGAGCUGGCGCAGAUUAUAGUCUUUGCCAAGGUGUUGGCACUGCACAAGGAGUCCUACAAUGUGUACAACUAUCUGCCGUCCGACAGCGAGCUGCUUUUCUCUGCGGAGAUUGAGCUGCUGUGCGACCAGGCUUGGGGCAGCAUGCUGGAGGUCCCCGCAGGCUCUAGGUUCAAUGUCACCGGCCUGGGCUACUUUACCUGCUUCACUUAUAGUGUCACCAAAAACAACAACUACUACUUCUUUCUAAGGAUGGAUGAGAACUACAAUAUUAUCCCUCAUGGGGUGAACUUCCAGGACCCCAUCUUCCCCGACACUCCAGAGAACCACCGCAUAUUUGCCAGCCUUUUCCAGUUUUCCAACUGCACAUCCGGUACUCAGGUCCAUAGCUACACCCCGGAGUGGGAGGCUCAGGAGGACAGCCGGCUCUUGUGCUCCGCAGUGCAGAAGGCUCUGUUUGAGGAGGAGGAACGGGUCUUGACUCUUUCCCAGAAGGUGCGCUCUUUGGAGAAAGCCAAUGACCACCUGAGAGAAAAGGUGAAGACCAUGAAACGUCUGCUGCGCCAGGCACAACGGGAAACAACAAAGGAACAACAGACGCUCAACCACAAACAGCUCUACGAGUCAAAGACGCCCCAAACUCACCCCGAUCAGGAGACGACUCAGGACCAGAGGGACAAGCCGCUCAAAAAGGUCCUCUCCAGGACACUAAAAAACUAGACUGGUGAUCAGUUUAGAGUAACAGUAUGGACUUUAAAUUGAAUUUCAUUACAUUCUCCAUGUCCUCAAACAAAUUAAUAAGCUUAUUUCACACAGAAACUUUACCUGCACAACGAAAUUUGGCCAUUUUGUUGGUCUAGUUAUUUCCUGGUAAAAUUGACCUUUGCCAUUGAGACUGUCGUGUGCAAAAAGACCAUUCAUUCCUAUUUACACCCAUAUCCACGUGUGUGUGUGUGUGUGUGUGUGUGUGUGUGUGUGUGUGUCUGUUGAAAGGGCAGGGCUUAGACUUGACCUAUUUUGUGUCCCCAGAUGAACUAAAGUGAAGGAUUAACUGCCUCUGAGAUAAGGGAGUGAACUGGUUUCACAGGAGUAAGAGAUCUGUAUCUUAAUAUCCUCAAAUCUUGUUUCACCCCAUUAGUCCAAUAUAAUCUUUCUCUUUAAAUAACUGCGGGUUGAAUCCCUGACUUUUUCCUUUGUCUUUUGUGAGUUUAAGUUAGUUGGCAGCACAGGCAUUUUCCAAAAAUCAGACAGAGCUUUCGGCUGGUGGAUGCACUGUUGAGCAAUAUGUGGACAAUUUUAAAGCAUUAAAAAUAUGGAAUAUCUUUCUUUCUGUGCUGGACACAUUAUGCAUUUUAUAAAUAUUAAAAUUAGUUUUUUACUUCAGAAAACUGUCAUUGAAAUGUUCCAAAUCAACCUCUGUCUUGUGGGGGGUCCACUCUUGGAUGAGGUGAUAUGGACAUUUCUCUUUCUUGUAACACUGACUGUGUAUGUGAGCGCAUAGUUACAGCUGUGCCAAAAUGUAUAAAGCUGCAAGGCCAAACAUUACGUCACACCCUUCUUUUCUACCUUUGCCUGCUUUUAAUUUACUUGCAUCUAUUUAUAUCCAAGAAACUAUCACAAAGUGUAUGAUUCUUUAAAUUCAGUGAAUUGUUUCCCAAGGGUGCCUUUUCCCCACAAACUCUUCUUUUAUGCAAGUCUGUUACACGUUGCACUGAAUGAAAGUGUAAUUUUAGUAUUUGAGAACCGGGUGCUGAGCACUCAUGAAAGAAAUACACCCGCAAAAUUAUCAUUUGUAUAUAAAUUACUCACCCUUUGUUACCUUGAAUUUUGCCUCCAUGGUGAAUGAAGAAUCCAAAAAUGGGGCACAUUCGUGAGGUCAUGGGGGCCACAUUUAACAGAAAAACUAUAUCAAACUCUCACGCAACUUCUGCAGUACAAUCCAAGUCUCAUUUAUGUAGUCGUACAUGUACUCGUACUUGUGUGUGUGUACUUAUGUACUCGGUACUUCCCAAAAACAUUUACAAUAAACCUAACUGCAUAAAAAACGUCUGCAUACAAGCCCUUGGGCAAAUGCGUGGGUUUGAACUCUGCUGGUGUAUACAGUUGAGUUGCUAGUACUGGUCCGUGUGUGAGACUGUUAUGCAGAAGUGUUUUAAAUAGUUUUUUGCAAAAAUACAUGUGUUUGGAAAUAGCUGAGAAUGUGACUAGAUUAAUAAGACUUAGAUUACAUUGCACAAGUUGUGAGAGAGUUUCUUAAUGGCUCUUUUGAUAUAGUUUUAUUGUUAUUAAACGUGGAGCCCUAUAACUUCAAUCAGGCUAUUCUCAUAUAAAAUAUUUGUAUGUUUCCCCUACAAAAAAAUGCAUAAUUCAUGCAUAUACCACGUCAUAUUGCAAUCAUGUGACUAAUGUGCUGACAGGAUUAAACAAGCAGUGGGAGGCAGGCUGGGCUGUGGUAGAUGGGUCAAAUAUACCAGACUUAACCCCAGGACUUUCCCAUGGAGGCAUGUGUUUGUACGUCAAUCAUGUAACUUUACAUCAAGGACGUAACAACACUUGUGGGGCACUAAUUUGUAGAAUAUCACACAAACUGUUGUGUGUGCAUUUUCAUAGGAUGCCAUACAAACCGUUCUUUGAGGAUACGUAGCUGCAAUUCAUCAAGAAUUUUCCCUCAUUUUGCAUUCUUCAUUCACCCGUUAGUGAUUCAAGGCUUUUUUCACGGAUUAGAUGUAACACAGGGAGAGUAGUUGAUGUAAGAAUAGUCAUUUUGUGUGUGAAGUACUCCUUUAAAGUCCAGCCAGUGAGUCUGGCGUGGUACAGGAUUGGCUUUUUCUGUGUCAGAAAUGAAAGUUUUGCCUUUAUUAUACUUUAUGUUUUUGCUUUUAUUAUUUUUUUGCUUUCUCUAGACUAUAAACAUAUGGUUUGCUUUGCCAGUAGCAUAAUCAUUUGUGUAACAGUUAUUGUUCUUUUUUUUAUAAACAUAAAUGAAUUUUUACAAAA